AUGACUGAUAUUGCCAACUUCAAACAAUCCACGAUAUCCAAACCAUCCAUAAGUGUACAGACGUUUUAUAAUGAAUAUAAAUGGGUGAUAAACUCGUUGUUAGUGCUGAUAGGGUUUAGGAUACUGAGUUCAAGUGAUCAAAUAAGCUCAUUAUCAUACAAGUUUAAGAGUGUUUUGCUUUUUAUCAAAGGACUACUGGCAAACAGCCAGCAAGAAACAAAUAGAAGAAUCUUUGAGGAUCUAAGGUUUGAAUAUGACAUGGAUUUUGACAAGAUGCCCAUGGCCUUCGUUGGUGUUGGAAUGCUGAUAUUUGUGAUUCUGUUAACAUGA